CCAUCAAUUAGUAAGCAACUAAUUGGCCUAAUGGCCCAAUGGCAAGGCGCUUGACUACGAUUAUCCCGUUAUCAAGAGAUUCCAGGUUGUAAGUAAAGACACGUUCCAAUGCCCCGCGUUCGAAUACUGAUACGCCCCGCUAGCGACCCCUGGUUAGGUCAAAAAUACUUCCUUUUUGCCCGCAGAUGUCUCAACUGCGUCUUUAGCUCACGACUUCUUCCCUUCUUUAGCCAUGGCGCCUUCUUUUGCUCCCAAGCUCUGGGACUCUCUUUGCUUCUGUAUAGUCGUCUCUUAUUGCCCUAUAGUCUCUUUAGCUUCUUGUCGCAGCACAUAUCAUGCCUAUUUACCAGCUAAUUUAGGGGUGCAAAUGUAUGUACAUUUUGCCUCUAUUUUGGCUGCAACACUUCUGAAUAUCAAUCCAGCCUAAAAUGCACGGCUAU